AAUUCUUCCUUAACUUUUGGAAAUCAAAUUCAAUCUCACUUUUUCAAUGCUUUGUGUUUGAUCCAAAACAGACAAAAGACACAUACAAACCGGUACACAAAACAUAAUCUAUUUCAUGCUCCUCGUUGUUUUGAUCGCAACUGUGUGAUAGAAUGGCAAACGAGCAAUUAAUGCCUGAAGGGGGGAGUGGGUCUCGGUAUUUGCAAAUGCAAUCGGAGCCGUCGAGAAUGUCCUCGUUCUUCUCGCUUCAGAACCCGCCUGAGGCAAGUAGAAUUUUCGAUGAGCUGCCAAAGGCUACAAUCGUUCAAGUAUCUCGUCAUGAUGCCGGUGAUAUCAGCCCCGCCCUCCUUUCUUACACUAUCGACUUCCAAUACAAACAGUUCAAGUGGCAACUAGUGAAGAAGGCUUCACAUGUAUUUUAUCUACACUUUGCUUUGAAGAAACGUGCCUUUAUUGAAGAAAUUCAUGAAAAACAAGAGCAGGUCAAAGAAUGGCUUCAAAACCUAGGAAUAAUGGAUCAUCACUCAGUUGUGCAUGAUGACUUGGAUGAACCACCUGAUGACGAUGUCUCACCGGUAAACAACGAUGAGAGUGUCAAAAACAGAGAUGUUCCAUCAAGGGCAGCACUGCCAAUUAUACGCCCAGCACUUGGAAGGCAACAUUCCAUGUCAGACCGAGCCAAGACAGCAAUGCAGGGCUAUUUAAAUCAUUUUCUUGGAAACCUGGACAUUGCAAAUUCCAGAGAGGUUUGCAGGUUUUUGGAGGCUUCUAAGUUAUCUUUUUGUCCAGAAUAUGGUUCCAAGCAUAAAGAAGAAUAUGUAUGGGUGAAACACUUACCAAAUUUCCCAAACAAUGAUGACCGUAGGCUAUGUUCUGCCUGUCAAUGGCUCAAUUGCUGUAAUGACACCUGGCAACAGGUUUGGGCUGUUCUGAAACCUGGAUUCUUGGCCCUGCUAAAAGACCCAUUUGACAAGGAGCCAUUAGAUAUUAUUGUGUUUGAUGUUCUACCUUCGCAAGAUGGGAAUGGAGAAGGUCGAAUGUCAUUAGCAAAUGAAAUCAACGAACGUAACCCCUUACGGCAUUCAUUUGAGGUAUCAAGUGGAAACCGAAGAAUAACAUUAAGAUGUAGGACUAAAGCUAAAGCCAUAACUUGGGUUGUUGCAAUUAAUGAUGCUGGGCUUCGGCCUCCUGAGGGUUGGUGUCAUCCUCAUCGUUUUGGCUCUUUUGCUCCACCUCGUGGUCUGACUGAUGAUGAUAGUCAGGCUCAGUGGUUUGUUGACGGCCGUGCAGCUUUUGACGCAAUUGCUCUGGCAAUGGAAGAGGCAAAAUCAGAGAUAUUUAUGUGUGGGUGGUGGCUGUGUCCGGAACUGUAUUUGCGGCGUCCUUUUCAUUCCAAUGCAACCACUCGCCUUGAUGCUUUACUGGAGGCAAAAGCCAAGCAAGGCGUUCAGAUAUAUAUUCUCAUGUACAAAGAGCUUGCUCUUGCGCUCAAAAUUAAUAGCUUCUAUAGUAAGAAAAAGCUAGCUGCCAUUCAUGAGAAUGUCAAGGUUUUACGUUACCCAGACCAUUUCUCUAGCGGUGUCUAUCUAUGGUCCCAUCAUGAGAAAUUGGUCAUUGUUGAUAACGAGGUUUGCUUUAUUGGUGGACUAGAUCUUUGCUUUGGUCGUUAUGAUACAUAUGAGCACAAAGUGGGUGAUCGCCCUCCUAUGAUAUGGCCUGGAAAGGACUACUAUAACCCAAGGGAAUCUGAACCUAAUUCUUGGGAAGAUACUUUGAAGGACGAGCUGAAUCGUGAAAAAUAUCCUCGUAUGCCGUGGCAUGAUGUCCAUUGUGCCUUAUGGGGACCACCAUGUCGUGAUAUUGCUCGACACUUCGUUCAGCGUUGGAAUUAUGCAAAGAGAAAUAAAGCUCCCAAUGAGCAAACAAUACCACUACUUAUGCCUCAACAGCACAUGGUUAUCCCACAUUACAUGGGUACCAGCAGAGAACAAGAAGAUGGAAAUACCGAAGUCCUGGACGUAACCAAAGCAAUCAAUAGACAGGAUUCUUAUUGCUCUCUAUCAUCUUUCCAAGACAUCCCAUUGCUAAUCCCUCAAGAAGCUGAUGGACUGGAUGCUUCUAGUGGACAUACUUCACAACAGAAUGGGUUGGGCAAGGCACACAAUGUUCAUGGUCAGCAAAGCAGGAUGCCAAGGACUCGUUUUUAUUUCCGAAAAUCCAAAAGUGAACCUUUAGGUUCGGAUAUGCCAAUGAGAGGAUUUGUGGAUGAGCAAGAUACCUCAACAUUUAAGCAAGCAAGGUCCGCGGGUACAGUGGUGCACCCUGCCAUUAAAUCUUCUGAUAGAGAAUGGUGGGAGACACAGGAGCGAGGUAACCUAGUUGUUUCUGCUGAUGAAACAGGACAGGUUGGCCCUCGUGCUAUAUGCCGUUGUCAGAUUAUAAGGAGUGUCAGUCUGUGGUCAGCUGGGACAAGUCAAGUUGAAGAUAGCAUUCACAAUGCUUACUGUUCCCUUAUUGAGAAAGCAGAACACUUUGUCUACAUCGAGAACCAAUUUUUCAUCUCAGGGCUUUCUGGAGAUGAGAUCAUACGGAAUCGAGUGUUGGACUCGGUGUACAGGCGUAUUAUGCGGGCACAUCAGGAAAAACAGUGUUUUAGGGUCAUCGUCGUUAUACCUCUAUUACCUGGAUUCCAGGGUGGACUAGAUGAUGGCGGUGCAGCAUCUGUAAGAGCUAUUAUGCAUUGGCAGUAUCGAACAAUAUCAAGAGGACACAAUUCCAUAUUGCACAAUCUCUCUCAACAUAUUGGUCCCAAAGUUCAUGACUACAUAUCUUUCUAUGGUCUCCGGGCUUAUGGUAGACUUUCUGAAGAUGGUCUUGUGGCCUCGAGUCCGGUAUAUGUGCAUAGCAAGAUUAUGAUAGUAGAUGACAACACAGCGUUGGUUGGAUCGGCUAAUAUCAACGACAGGAGUUUACUUGGAUUACGUGACUCUGAGAUCGGAGUACUUAUUGAAGAUAAAGAAGUUGUUGAAUCAUAUAUGGGAGGCAACCCUUGGAGGGCUGGAAAAUUUGCGUUGAGUCUUCGCCUUUCACUAUGGUCUGAGCACCUUGGUCUUCAUAGUAGUGAGAUGAGCAAAAUAGCUGAUCCGGUGAUUGAUUCUACCUACAAAGACAUAUGGAUAGCAACCGCAAAGACAAACACCAUGAUCUACCAAGAUGUCUUCUCUUGCAUCCCAAAUGAUCUUAUACAUUCCAGAGCAUCUUUGAGGCAAUGCAUGAGUGAAUUGAAGGGCAAACUAGGGCAUAAUACGAUCGACCUAGGUAUAGCUCCAAAGAAGCUGGAAGCAUAUCAGGAUGGAAAUGGGAAGGGAAGUGAUCCGAUUGAUAGAUUAGAAGGCGUGAAGGGACAUCUUGUUUCUUUCCCGUUAGAUUUUAUGUGCAAAGAAGAUUUAAGACCCGUGUUUAAAGAAAGUGAGUAUUAUGCAUCACCGCAAGUUUUCCACUAAUCGUUGGUGCAUUCGUUCAAAGAGGCCGCACGCAGGUAAAUAGUAAUCAGAAACUGAUUUUGUUCCUUUAAAU